CAAAGCUAAGAAUAAAAAUGAAUAAAUAUUGUAAUAUGGUUACUAGCUAUCCAUAUUUGUUUACAGUAAUCAAACUACUUAUAUUUAAAAAAAUAUUGUAAGAAAAUCAAAAAAUAAAAUACAAGUUAUAUAAGAUGAUUUGUUAAAGUUUUAGAAUUUUGUAAUAAGUAUAUUCGGACAAUUAUUCCAAAAUAAUCGAGAAGAUUUAAUGAGAAAUAUAAGUAAAUUUAAAAAAAUGAAAAUUCAGAUUUAUUCAUUAUUUAUAAUUAAUUCAAAACUAUUCUUAAAUUAAAACCAACAUAGUGCCCCUUGGCUCCCUAAUAAUUACUUAGAUAUUUCCUCCGAUAGAUACUAGAUCGAUCGAUAUACUCGAGAAGACUACAUCCAAUAAUGUUAAAAAUAUUAAAAAAUAAUUGUUUCUCUGUACAAAAUUUAUUCAUAGAAGAUUUUUUGUAGAUUCAAUAUAAGAAUACAAUGUUCAUAAAGAAUUGAAGCAUGAAAUAUUAUUUUCUCUGAUAACCAUUCUUGUACUAAAUCUAAUUAUGUGUAAUACAUUAUAUGCAUUAGUACAGAUACAUAAAUAAUAAAAACAUAAAAUUAAGCGUUAAAAAAUUUUAUUUUUUACUAGAUAAAAAUUCUAGUGCAUAAAAACGAUUAUCUACUCUCUCAUUCAAAUACAUGAAUUUUUUAAUAUAAUUUUUAGUUUCGUGUAUUGGUAUUCCAUUUGAAUCUUAACCAAUCAAUUUUGAAUCUUUAUUUCGUGUCUGACCAAUGACAGAUUAGAACACAACCGUCAUUCUUUUUUUUCUUUUAUACUGUCGCAUUAUCAUUCUAUGUGUAGAGAAGAAACCCCGGGCAAAUUAACUGUUGGUAUUGGAAAGCAACAGAAACCGUUAAAGCUCGAAUUUUUGUAAUUGUCUGAAUAUACUUUAAUUGAAGAAUACGAAGAUAAUUCUGUGAUGGGUAAUUAUACGAGUAAGUUUCUUUCUCAUGAUAGUGUGGAAGAAAAUAAUACAAAUGUGACUGAAACUGUAGAACAAUCAAAUCUUGUAAAAGAAUGUAAUACGAUUACUCCAUCAACUACGCAAAAAAAAUUGAUGAUAGAUCCUAGAUCAAUUACUGCCGAGAUAUGUCGAACACCAAUAAAGAUACAUUGUACACCAUCUAAGAAUACAAGAAUGGGAGUUGAUGUAAUACCAAAACAUAUGCAGAGAAAACCAUAUUUAGAAACCAAUUUUGAUACAACAAUAUCACCUUUGACAUUAAACAAAUAUCUGGAUCCAAGAUCACCAAAUAUAGAUCAGCCCAGAACACCAAUUUUGGUUGAAAAUUAUACAUCUUGCAAAACACCAACUAUUAAAUUGAAAAAUAAUGCAAAAGUAUUACCAUCAAUGAAUUAUGCAAGUUUAGGAUUUGAUCCGAGAUCUCCAUCUACAGAUUUUGAUAGAACUCCAAUUCUUAUCCAAAAAACAACUAAAUAUUUAAAAGAAUCCAAAGAAAAUUUAGAACUAUUUAGUGAAACAGAUAAUCAUCAAAAAUUUUUGUAUUGUGAAACAACAUCAUCUAAUACACCUGAAAUAUUAGCUUUGGUGGAUGAAACAUGUGAAGCAAUAAAAUCUUUACAAAAUAUUUCUAAAAGUACAGAUAAAGAAGAAUUGCAUGUAAGUGAAAAUACUAAUCAUAUUAGUAAUGAAGAUGAUAAUAAUGAUAAUACUUGUAGUAAGAAAAGCUCGCAAAAUGAAAAUGUCACAAGAAUAAAUACUAUUAAAAUAUGGAGAGAUUCAAUUUUAUCAGAAAGUUUGGAACAGUCUGAGAUUAAUGAAAUUAAUGAUCAAGAAAAUGAUGAAGAGAAAUUUUCAUGCCCAUCUAAAGAAGAAAUUGAAGCUAUAUUUGGUGAUGAUGUAAUGAAAGGAAGUACACCAAUACUUGAACAACUUAAAAUUGAAGUUGAAAAUAAAAAUGUACAAGAUACAUUGGAGAACAGAAAGAAAACAAAUGGAAAAACAAAUGGAAAAACUUUCAUACCAUAUAAUUCAAAUAUAAAUGAGAAGAAACGAACACCUCUCAGAAAUAGGUGUAAUAAUGCACAAUUAGAUACAAUAUUGACUAAAUCCCCUCAACAUAUGUUACAGAAUAAAAAUUUCAGUAAUAUAAUACAAGAUGAAAAUACAUCACCCCAUAAAAAAUCUUAUGCUAAAUCAAAAUUUAAAGGAAUUCAGUGGGAUGUGAAUUCUACAGUUAUUAUUUAAAUAAUUAUAUGUAAAUAUAAAAUAAGUUAUAAUUUUAUAAAUGAAAACCUUUUGUACUAUUUGCAGUUAAUAUAUUUAUGUAUCAUAAUUUUUUUUUGAUUAAGACAAGUAAUUCUCACACUUUUGUAAAGCCGAUCGUAUUUGAAAUUUAACCGUUUGUAUAGAACUUUGAAGAUCUUGACUUGGUUUCACUAAUUGUUUAAUACUGAAAAGU